AGCAGCAGCAGGAAAAAGAAUGGCCGCGCCGCAGCAGGUCCGCGCCGUGCCCCUGGCGCGCGCGCUCCGCCUCCGCACGCGCGCCUCCGCCGCCGCCCCGCCGGAGACGUCCCGCCGCGCGCUCCUAGGCCUCACGGAGCCCGAGCUCCGCCAGCUCGCCGUCGACCUCGGCCAGCAAAGCUACCGGGGCAAGCAGCUGCACGACCUCGUCUACAAGAACAGGGCCAAGCAGGUCGAGGAGUUCGCCUAUGUGCCGAAGGUGUUCCGGGAGGCGCUGGUCGGCGCGGGAUGGAAAGUCGGCCGGUCGCCAGUGCAUCACGCCGUCACGGCCACCGAUGGCACCACCAAGAUACUUCUCAAGCUGGAGGACAACAGACUGGUGGAGACUGUGGGGAUCCCCGUUGACGACAGGGGCACGCCUAGGCUAACCGCCUGUGUUUCGUCGCAGGUUGGCUGCCCCUUGCGUUGCUCGUUCUGUGCCACUGGGAAGGGAGGGUUUGCGAGGAACCUUAAGGGGCACGAGAUUGUUGAGCAGGUCUUGGCCAUAGAGGAGUCGUUCAAACACAGGGUGACAAAUGUAGUGUUCAUGGGGAUGGGUGAGCCCAUGCUGAACCUCAAAGCAGUUCUGGAGGCUCACCAAUGCUUGAAUAAGGAACUAAAGAUUGGGCAAAGGAUGAUGACAAUCUCAACAGUAGGUGUUCCCAACACGAUAAGUAAGCUAGCAUCUCACAAGCUUCAGUCGACACUGGCAGUCAGCCUGCAUGCCCCAAAUCAGAGGUUGCGUGAAACAAUUGUUCCAAGUGCAAAGGCAUAUCCUCUGGAAGCACUAAUGGAUGACUGCAAGAAUUAUUUUCUCGAAACUGGACGCAGGGUCUCCUUCGAGUACACCCUACUAGCUGGGAUUAAUGAUGAAAAGGCACACGCUGAAGAACUUGCAGCGCUGCUGCAUGCAUGUGGAGGUGGUUAUCACGUGAACCUGAUUCCUUAUAACCCGGUAGAAGGCUCUGAGUACAAGAGGCCUUACAGAAAAGCGAUUCAAGCGUUUGUUGAUGCGCUGGAAUCUCGGAAGAUCACAGUCAGCGUUCGACAGACCCGUGGGCUUGACGCUAAUGCGGCUUGUGGGCAGCUCAGGAAUGAGUUCCAGAAGAAUCCUCUGCUUGAAUCGUCACCACCCUCUGAGCCCAACCAACUGCUGGAGUCGUCUACGCCCUCAGAGUCCAGCCUCGUUCCUGCUUAGUGCAGGAAAUCUACCUCAAUUAUGAGAAAUCGAGAUUGUUGUGAAUUUCUGGAUUCUAAAGUUCACACAGGCCCUGAAUUGCUCUGCUCAUACAUAGAUCACCGGCUUAUAAGUUAUAAAGCUGAUUAGGAUGCAGCCUUCUGUGGCCUUCGGUGUGAGAGGCUCCUGUUCAGUUCAGAUUUGAAGGAUUUUCUUUGAGAUAUGAAGUGUUCUGCGUGAAGUUAGGAUAUGUAUUUGAUACAAGUUAUGUAUAUGGGUAGAGAAUUUUGGAACAAAUAGCAUGUAUGGUAUUGAAGCUGCCAAAUCUUAUUCCAUUAA